AUGAUUUAUCCAGCAUCAUUUAAACAUAAAAUUGUCAAAGAAGACAAUGUUAAUAUUAUUUUAAGGUGUGACGCAAAAUCUAUAGAGGAUAUUAAUGUGUGGGUUGCUGAGGUAGGUAGACUUAAUUGUAUACAUUGGAACGUUCGUUCGAGUAUUCAAAAUGGGCAGCGAAUUAAGGGUUCUAAAAAGUUUGUUUGUCAACACAGUGCUUUUCAGAAGCCUAGUGCAUUAGCAAACCAAAAAGGCUUGUCCAAAAUUGCAGAGUGUCCAGCAAGCUUAAAAGCUGUUAUUAAACUGGACACAGUAUCUAUAAGGAAGAAAGAUCCAUUAAUUAAGGUAUUCACAUUAUACAAUUAA